AUAAAAGAUGCCGCGGUGGCUGGAGAUUCAGCCUUGCUGGAGGAGGCUAAGCUAACAUAUACUGGGGUCUUCAUUCAAACAAAGGGACUGAAUAUAAACCGUGCAACAAGAAUAAAUUAAACAAAAAGCAAAUCAAACUUAGCUUCAAGGAGGUCAACAAAGCACUAGAGAGUCAAGUCUGCAGUCAUGCCAGCCAACGACCCCAGUAACAGUCUGCAGAUCCAGUUUGGGCUCAUCAACUGCGGGAAGAAGUACCUGACGGCCGAAGCCUUUGGCUUCAAGAUCAACGCCUCGGCUACCUCCAUGAAGAAGAAGCAGAUUUGGACUCUGGAGCAGAAUGGCGACGAUUCCAAUGUGGUUUUCUUCAAGAGCCACCUGGGCCGGUACCUGGCCGCCGAUAAGGACGGGAACGUGUCGUGUGAGAGUGAGCAGCCGGCCGCAGACUGCAGGUUCCUCAUCAUUGCCCACGACGACGGCCGCUGGUCGCUGCAGUCCGAGCCUCACAAGCGCUACUUUGGCGGCACCGAGGAUCGGCUGACCUGCUUCGCCCAGACCAUCUCGGUGGCCGAGAAGUGGAGCGUCCACAUUGCCAUGCACCCGCAGGCUAAUAUCUUCAGUGUGACCAGGAAGCGGUACGCUCACCUGAGCGCCAAGGACGAGCUAGCCAUUGACCGGGACACUCCCUGGGGAGUGGAUUCCCUCAUUACCCUGGUCUUCCAGGAUCAGAAAUACAGCAUCCAGAGCAGCGACAACCGCUUCCUCCGCAAUGAUGGGCAGCUGGUGGAGAAACCCGAGAGAGGCACCGGCUACACCCUGGAGUUCAGGUCGGGCAAGGUGGCCUUCAGGGACUGUGAAGGCAAAUAUCUGGCACCCUCCGGCCCCACUGGCACCAUGAAGGCUGGCAAAAGCACCAAGGUGGGCAAGGAUGAGCUCUUUGUCCUGGAGCAAAGCUACCCACAGGUGGUCCUCAAGGCUGCAAACGGCAGGAAUGUUUCCAUCCGGCAAGGUAUGGACCUGUCUGCUAACCAGGAUGAAGAAAGUGACCAGGAAACUUUCCAAUUAGAAAUCAACAAAGAUACCAAAAAGUGUGCUUUCCGAACGUGCACUGGCAAAUACUGGACUCUGACUGCUAAUGGCGGGGUACAAUCUACUGCCUCUACAAAAAAUGGCAACAGCUACUUUGAAAUUGAAUGGCGUGGGCAGAGGAUUGUUCUGAAGGCUGUCAAUGGAAAAUAUGUGGCAGCUAAAAAGAAUGGGCAGCUUUGUGCUAGCAUAGAAACACCAGCGGAGACUGAGGAAUUUGUAAUGAAACUCAUCAACAGGCCCAUUAUAGCCCUUCGUGGAGAGCAUGGCUUUAUUGGAUGCCGGAAAGUGACUGGAACCCUCGACUCAAACAGAUCCUCAUAUGAUGUCUUCCAGCUAGAGCUUAAUGACGGUGCUUACAGACUCAAAGAUUCUACUGGGAAGUACUGGAUGGUUGGAAGUGACUCCUCUGUCACCAGCAGCAGUGAUCAGCCUGUGGAUUUCUUGUUUGAAUUCUGUGAUUACAACAAAGUUGCAAUUAAAAUCGAUGGGAAGUAUUUGAAGGGGGAUCAUGCAGGUGUUCUGAAGGCAUCUGCUGAUAGCAUUGACUCCUCGACCCUCUGGGAGUAUUAAAUGCACUUUAUAUAUAAAUGUGGCUUUCCAGCAUUUUUUUUUUUUUGCAGUAGUCCUACCAUGGGUUGCAAUGCCUGCCUGCCUUUCACAACAUAUUGCAACAAUUUUUUAAGCAGAUUUUCUAUACUCAUCUUGACAACAGUUACUAUUGAAGAAGAUGAUCUCUCUAGGUCUAUGCAGGCUGUAUAAUUCAAUUCUACAAAAUAACAUUCCCUUUAGUAUUCCCUUUUUUGUGUGUUAGGGUUUUCUUGGAUAUUUUUAACUUUGGCAUUGCCAGAGUUAUAGUUACGACUUGCUUCAUGUGCCUCUGGCCAUGGAUUGCAACUGCUGUACUAACCGAUGCUCUGAUAUUGCUAGCCAUGUUCGCAAAUGCUUUGGUCUUGCCAGGCUGCGAGUUUAAUGGCCACGUGCUGCCUCCCCUUGUUAAGGAAGGGGGUGCACAACAGAUGAGGGGAAGCUCUUUGUGCUGAUUCAAUACUGGAUCUCAAUGGCCACUGUGAAAGCCAGUUCUUUUCAGCAGAAGGCAGUCUAAUUCUGUGGACUUGACCACAAACUGCAUGCUCAUCCUCUCAAUGAAUUGAGCAUUUUUUCUGCCUGUAGCAUAUAAAACUAACUGCAUUCUUACACUGAACAACUAAACUAGUUACCAGGACUCCUUAGUUUCCAUUGUAAAUGAAGAUGUUGCUGUCGGACUUGUAUCCACAGGUUCUAGGAAUCUUUGGUAAAAAGAACAAAACUAGUACAAGAGAAUGGUAUUGGGUAUCUGUAGAACUUCUUAAUGGGCAACGUUUUAAUAAUGUCAUCUCCCAAAAUAAAAUAGUAUGUAUCUGGAAUGACAUAAGCUGGUCUUGUGUGUACAUUUCUAUUGUUUAUCCAUUCUGUAGUUCAGUGAGUUGCUGUCAUUAUGCAAAAUUGUCCUCUGGAAAGAGCUUUUCAUGUGUUGGUUAUCAUGACUUCCUAUCUAACUGGAGACGCCAAGCUAUAAGUCAGAUUUUUAUUUGUGCAUUACAAGUUGGAAGAGAUGGCAUCAAAUAAGUCCCAUAUAUUCCUCAAGAGCUAAUGCUCCACAAUCACAAAACAAUGUUUCAUAACUGCUCAGAUUAGGCAAAAUCCUGAAACACUGGACACCACCAACUUGCCUAUUGCUGGAACUGGAGAUGGGAUGCAGUCUCGUUAGCUCUUCUCCAAUGACCCAAUGGCUACUGGAAUAUUUAGUAUUUUUUUUUUCUAAUGGGUUAUUUCUGGAAUUAUAAAGCCUUAACUCUCCAAGAACUGGAAAAUCAAGAGCCCUGCCUCAUCUACCUAAAUUCCAAUGUGCCAAUAUAGCAGACUAAACUGGAUACCCCAAUGUGAAUUGCUAACAAUGCAAUCAAAUGGAUCCUCUCAAAAACAGGAACAGUCAUUGGCAAAAUACCCUUCCCUGGCCAAAACUACUUCCUUGGUUAACUGAUUUGAGGUGGAUCCAAGGCCUGACAAGUUUCAUUUUGAACUAUCCAUUGUAGUAAUCAGGUUCUGGAUAGAAUAUAUUUCGUUUUAAAAAAAAAAAUUAAAACUUUUAAGGCAGCUUGUUUUUUCAAAAAAAUGUUUCACACAUUUGCUGGUUCGGAGUGAAAGAUGGACAGGCAUUUAGACCAUAAACUACUACUUUUAGUGGUCCAUGGUAGGAUCUCUUAAUGCAGUUCUGCAAUCACUGAGCAAUGUACUUUAUGGAAAAUGCAUGUGGUCUUGUAACUUGUUGUGGAGGGAAAGAAUUGCCAAAACCCACAUCUUGUUAAUGUGGAACCUCUUGAGUAUUGUCCUAGGAGCAGCAGAUCCAAUUGGGAUGAGGAAACUACUGAGGUUAACUCAAGUGCUAUAGCCUUCCAGUUUAUGGUAUAAUUAUGUAAAGUUUACUAAAUUAAAAAAGCAUGGUCCACAAAGUAAAGAGAUUAUCUUGUAAGUGUUGGUUACAUCAUACUGUGCAGAAAAUUCAGUAAUUGCUUGAUCCAAAAUUCUGCUUCUGUGUCAAGACACCUUUGAAUGUUCUUUUAUAAAGGUCAGGAAAACUCAACCCUCGUUUAUCAGGACAUUGAAAAUGGUGCCAGCUUAAAGGUUUCACCCCUCAAAUGUUGAAUGAUUCCACCCAAUUGUAUCUUGUAGAAGUAACACUGUAUUCCAUUUUAUUUUGGACUUGAUCUUCUCUUUUUUUGUACAUGUCAUUUGUGUAACUUGAGGAAUGUCAUGUCAAAUAAAACAAACGAUGCAUAUGCCAAAAAA